CGGCGGAGUCGCGGUGCGGGCGGCCCAUGGCCGUGGGCGGCGGGCCACGAUGACCGACUACAGCGAGGAGCAGCGCAACGAGCUGGAGGCGCUGGAGUCCAUCUACCCGGACUCGUUCACGGUAUUGUCAGAAAAGCCAACAACUUUCACAAUCACUGUGACAUCUGAAGCUGGAGAAAAUGAUGAAACUGUCCAAACAACCCUUAAAUUUACCUAUAGAGAAAAAUACCCUGAUGAAACUCCACUAUAUGAAAUUGUCUCACAGGAGAAUCUUGAUGAUAAUGAUGUCAUGGACAUAAUAAAACUGCUGGAACAGCAGGCAGAAGAAAAUUUAGGAAUGGUAAUGAUCUUCACUCUAGUCUCAGCGGUACAGGAGAAGUUAAAUGAAAUAGUGGAUCAGAUAAAAACACGAAGGGAAGAAGAGAAGAAACAGAAAGAAAGAGAAGCAGAAGAAGAAGAGAAACAACGUUUUCAUGGCACUCCUGUUACCAUUGAGAAUUUCCUUAAUUGGAAAGCCAAGUUUGAUGCAGAGCUUCUAGAAAUAAAAAGGAAAAAAAUGAAAGAAGAAGAACAAGCGGGCAAAAAUAAGCUGAGUGGUAAACAGCUGUUUGAAAUGGAUCACAACCUUGACACCUCUGACAUCCAGUUCUUGGAGGAAGCUGGAAACAAUGUGGAGGUUGAUGAAUCUUUAUUCCAAGAAAUGGAUGAUUUAGAGUUGGAUGAUGAAGAGGAUGACCCUGACUACAACCCUGUUAAUUUAGAUAGUGAUUAGACUUAUUUGAACUGAUUCUGUCAUCAGUAUGGACAUAUGUAAGGAGAGAGGGGCAGGCAGGAAAGCCACAGCAUCUGUGGUUUUAGUAAUGUUUAUUGUUUUUCUUUUUUCUUAAUUUUUUUUCCCAAAGAAAAAAACCAACAUGUUUUAAACCCAGGAGAAUGGUCUUCUGAUGACUUUCACUAUAAAUAAAUUUACUUUAGUAUUUCAAAUGAAAAAUUUGAGAAAUACUGAUCUGUCUGAAAACACUUUUCUAUUUUCUCUAAUUUUUUUCAUCCCUACUUCUGCAAUUGUCCUUUGAAGACAUGUGGCAACUUGCAAGAUAAAAAGGUGUUACAGCAAGCACUAAACACACCUGCAUCUGAAUGCUGGGCAGCUGUUCUGCUGUCU